GCAGGGGCAGGGUAUUUUCAGGAUUCUUUCUUCCGUUUCUCCAGUGAGACGGGUCAUUUUCGUUGGUUCCUCUUUCAACCGAAAUUUCGAACGAAUUAGAAGAUUGAGCAUCUGUUAGUUUUUCUACUGGGUUGAGCUGUUUUGCACACGUUCAGCAAUUUGUUUAAUCCUAGUCUUCUGAACAUGCUGACAAUAAUAUCUCCACGGUUGCUGCUUCUUGUUGGAGAGGGCAGCAGGUUAUCUAUUGCUUCUAGGACAGUUUGGUACCACAGGAGUAUACGAUAUGUGAGUCGGGUUCAUCGAGACAAAGAUCAUGGCCCUCUCACUCUUGCAAGCCUUGGAUUCAAGAGUGAGUUCGAAGCAUCAUCAAACAAGAAAACCAAUGAACUUCCGAAUCUGGGUUCUCCAAUUGAAGUUUCCAAAAGGGAAGUCAAGGCAAUUGGAAGUGGUAGAGUUAAGGCCAAAAGAUUGCUUGAAAUAGAGUCAGCUCCUUUUGCUGCAACAUCCUUUUCUGAGCUUGGGAUCCCACCCUUGUUGUUGCAGAGGUUGGAGAGUGUGGGAUUCAAGGUUCCAACUGAUGUUCAGUCUGCUGCGAUCCCCACUAUUCUCAAGAAUCAUGAUGUUGUUAUUCAGUCUUAUACUGGUUCAGGAAAGACUUUGGCAUAUCUCCUUCCCAUACUAUCUGAAGUAGGCCCGCUAAGGAAAGUUGCUUCUGAUGGUGAUAGUGAAAAUGGGAAGAAAAAGGAGAUUGAAGCAGUGAUUGUGGCUCCCUCCAGGGAGCUUGGAAUGCAAAUUGUGAGGGAGUUUGAAAAGCUGCUGGGACCAGUAGAUAAGAAAGUGGUUCAGCAGCUUGUAGGCGGUGCCAAUCGCUCCAGGCAGGAGGAAGCGCUUAAGAAAAAUAAACCAGCAAUUGUUGUUGGAACACCUGGCCGCAUUGCAGAUUUAAGUUCAGCUGGUAAGCUUCAGACUCAUGGUUGUCGUUUCUUAGUCUUAGAUGAAGUUGAUGAGCUCCUUUCUUUUAACUUUCGGGAGGACAUGCACCGGAUAUUGGAACAUGUAGGCAGGAAAUCAAGUGCUGAUGCGCAUGGCACACUUGCUGGACAUGCUGAGCGCCAGAUCAUAAUGGUUUCUGCAACAGUUCCAUUUUCUGUUAUAAGGGCAGCUGGGAGUUGGGGUCAAAACCCAGUUCUUGUCCAAGCAAAUAAAAUCGCUCCACUUGAAACCCUCAACCCCUCUCGACCUGUUAAUUUGUCAGGGUCCGUGUCAAGCUCAAAUGCAAACCCAAAUUCAGCGGUGCUGAGCCUACCUCCAGCUUUGAAACACUACUAUUGUGUCACAAAGUCACAACAUACGAUUGACACUCUGAGAAGAUGUGUUCAUGCACUUGAUUCUAAGUGUGUUAUAGCCUUCAUGAACCACACUAAGCAGCUAAAAGAUACUGUCUUCAAGCUAGAGGCACGUGGAAUGAAAGCUGCAGAGCUACAUGGUGAUCUUGGCAAACUUGGAAGGUCAACAAUUUUGAGAAAAUUCAAGAAUGGGGAGAUUAGAGUUUUGGUAACAAAUGAGCUUUCUGCAAGGGGUUUGGAUGUGCCAGAAUGUGAUCUUGUUGUUAAUCUGGACUUGCCCACUGAUUCAAUACACUAUGCUCAUCGAGCUGGUCGGACUGGUCGGCUUGGCAGGAAGGGUUCUGUCGUUACUAUAUGUGAGGAGUCACAAGUCUUUGUUGUAAAGAAGCUGCAGAAGCAGCUAGGAGUUCCCAUUCCAGCUUCUGAGGUUAGAGAGGGCAAGCUUUUUGUCACUGUGGAAGGGAAAAAAUCUUUGGAAGCUGUAAGUUCGUAAAGUCCUAUUAUUGUAGUUUCCUUAGUUUAUCCUCUGUGGAUUGAAAAAUAUUAACUUCAUGUCUCACCUGAUACAACUUAGAGGCAAACUCCUUGGGCUCAGUACCUUCAAUUAUCUUUAUAAUAUUGUUAUGCUAUUCCCUUCAUAUAUAAGAGAGCUUCAUAAGUAUCUCUUUUUUAGU